AUGGCUAUUUUUCAGCGAUUGUCACGUGCCUGGAAAAUGUCUUCUACAUUCAAAUUUUCGUUGGCAUUUGAUCAUGAAGGAAAUAAACUUGACCACCGCAAUGGUGUUAGCUAUUACGACAAAUAUUGGAAAAAGUGCCAAACAUGGGCAAAACCACCAAUAACUAUGGCUCUUGCUUUAGAUGGUCAAAUAUUAAAAGAUGAUAAUGUUCCAGUAACUGAUAAUGAUCGAAACCCUGAUUUAAUCUUGUCACCAUAUCAGGACAUUAGGAUUAGGAUUUAA